AUGUCCGAUCUCGUUGUCGAUCACCCACAAUAUUAUGCGGAUUACACGCCCGAGGAAGAGAAGAGAGCUGUCCGAAAAGUCGAUUUCUUGGUAUUGCCCUUUAUCGUAUUAUGUUUUCUCAUGCUUCAAUUUGAUCGAACCAAUUUAGGAAACGCUCAGACCGAUACUAUCCUCAAAGAUAUCAACAUCACCACUGCAAAUGUCAAUAUUGGUCAAACUCUUUUCACGUUAGGUUUCGUAUUGUUUGAACUGCCAAGUAACAUCGUAGCUAAGGCUGUUGGUCCUCAUCGAUGGGUACCGGUCAUCAUCUUCAUCUGGGGUUUACUUACUCUUUGUCAAGCAUUCUUGAAAAACAAAGGUGGUUUUUACGCUACGAGAUUUUUGAUUGCUUCAGGAGAGGCCGGUUUCAUUCCUGGUAUGGCAUGGUAUAUCACCCGAUUCUACCAAAACGGCGAAUUGAGUUUGAGAUUAGCCAUCUUCUGGGCUGCAAACAGUGUCGCUGGUAUGGUAUCUGGACCACUCGCACUAGGUAUCCUCAAGGGUCUGAACUACAAACAUGGAUGGCACGGUUGGCAGUGGCUUUUCUUGAUUGAGGGAGCCAUGACGAUGUUCGUUGCGAUUCUCGCGGUCUUCUACCUUCCCGCCACGCCAACAGAAGGUGGAAAAUCUUUGGGUUUCCCCAUUCUUAAUCGAAGGGAUGCAGAGGUCCUCUCCGCUAGGUUGCUAGCUGAUGAUCCGAAGAAAGCCAUUGUUCAUGGAGAGAAAAUCAAGUUUGUAGAUAUCAAGGAUACUUUCCUUGAUUGGCGAUUGUAUGGACAUUGCAUCGCUGCAUUCCUCUCCUCAGUCAUCCUAACACCAAUUAAUACAUAUGGACCUUCAGUGAUCAAAUCUCUGGGCUACGCAGGAUUUACGGCAAACGGUAUGGCCGCACCUGCUUCUGCUAUUGGAUUGGUCUUCUCAGUCAGUCUAGCUUGGAGUAGUGAUCGAACAAAAGAAAGAGGGAUACACAUCUUUGUAGCUAUGGCCUUGUCUUGCGCCGGAUGUCUCUGGCUCGCUCUGGCUCCUGACGGAGUGGGCAAGCGAGUACUUUACGGAGGGUAUCUCAUGACUGCGGGAACAAUGGGCUGUGGUCAAGCUAUCAAUGCUUCCUGGUUGAGUAGCCGAUUCGAAGAGCGAAAGAGACCUAUUGCUCUGGCCGCUUACGUCGCUUUCAUCCAGAUGGCUGGGUUUGCGGGAAGUAACGUGUUCAAACCUAAAGACGCCCCAAGGUACAAGCAUGGUUUGAUCAUCUGUGGAGCUUGUGCCAUCGCCGGUGGUGUAGUGAUGCUUGUCUGGAAAGCUCUGUAUGCUUGGGACGAUCGAAGGAAACUCCAUCAAGAGACAGAGACAUCCAAUCUCGGAGUGCAACAGCUUGAACACGGAACCAGGGCCGGGGACAACAAGUAUUACGAAGAAGAGAAGUAG